GCCCGCACUGCGCUCCAGGAUGAAAGCCCUCGCUGCACUCCUCUCUCUCCUCCCAUAUGCGCUGGCGCAGCUGUCGGGCACUGUGGGCCCGACGACGCCGCUCAGCGAGAAGUUGAACCUGUGCAACGUCCUGGAUUAUGGCGGCGAGAUCGGCUCGAGCGACAUUGGGCCAGCGAUCCAGGCGGCGUUUGACGACUGCGUAUUGACGAACUCGAGCGCUUCAACGCUGUAUGUCCCUGAAGGUGACUACGACAUGCAGACGUGGGUCACGCUCAGCGGAGGCACCAAAUGGGCUUUCAGGCUCGACGGGCUGAUAUAUCGGACCUCGACUACUACGGGCAAUAUGAUCGCAGUUGAGAAUGCAGAAGACUUUGAGUUCUACUCUGCCAACUCUGCAGGAGGUAUCCAGGGAUACGGGUAUGAGUGCCGGAAUGACGGACCUCGUCUGAUCCGGAUGGUCACCUCGACCGACUGGUCUCUGCACGAUCUAAUUCUCGUGGAUUCGCCAGAGUUCCACCUUGUCAUCCAGGACGGGUCUAACGGCGAAGUUUACAACCUUGCAAUCAGAGGCGCGGACAUCGGCGGCUCGGAUGGUGUCGACGUUUGGGGAGACAACUACUGGAUACACGACGUUGAGGUAACGAACCGUGACGAGUGCGUGACGGUCAAGUCGCCCGCGUCGAACAUCCUCGUGGAGCAAAUUUGGUGCAACCAAUCUGGCGGAAGCGCGAUGGGUAGUCUCGCCGUGGACACCGAUAUCUACAGCAUUCUGUACAGAUAUGUUUACACGGUUGGUGGCAACCAGGCAUACAUGAUCAAAGGCAAUGGCGGGUCGGGCACGGUGCAGAACGUCGUGUUUGAAAACUUUCUCUCGCGUGAUACCGCGUACGGCCUCGAUGUCAAUGAGUAUUGGGCAUCCAUAUCGACCCUGGCAGGUGACGGUGUGUUACUGAAGAAUAUCACUUUCAAGAAUUGGGACGGCAAUGUCGCAGACGGCGUCGAGCGCUCGCCUAUCCAAAUUCUGUGUGCGGAUGAAAACCCAUGCUAUGACAUCUACCUGGAGGACGUGUACAUGUGGUCGCUCACAGACGAGGCGACGAUGAAGUGCGAGUCGGCAUUCGGCGAUGGGGCGUGCCUCAAGUCCGGCACGGACUACACGAGCUACGCAGAGCAGACGACCUCGUAUACUCAGCCUGCGGGUUAUUCCACCCCAACGACGAUGAGCGGCGAUUUGACGGCUGGGUUCGGGAGCACGACGGUUAUCCCGAUUCCAACAAUCCCCACGAUGUACUACCCUGGUCGCGCGCAAAUCUCGCCGCUCAUGAAGAAUCAGUGAGCGCCAUCACGUUGGCCUCAAUGCAGUUCGACCGAGUUCUCUACUCAUUCCAUUCAUCCACCACAUUGUAUUUCGGAUAUUGUACGUGUUGUCCGGGCAAAUUCAAUUCAGGGUUUCAAACCGG